AUGGCGUCGCUGUGUCUAGAACAUCGCUUCCUCUCUACCGCGGUUUCCCUCAUACCUCUUACAUCGUACGCUGCUCUCGUCCUCGUCUACGACCCCGUUUCCAGCAGUCGGCCAUGGAACCUCAUGGCAGGUUCCCUCUCACAUGUCCACGCGUUGGAAUGGUCUAGUCUCCCAAUCGCAUCCCCAUGA